AUGGGUCUAAUACCUUUGAAAUUUUCAGGACUCGGUGGGUAUAUGGUUGCCUUUGCUGGUCGAAAAUAUGCGGCAAGGUCCCUGCCUGCUUUUGCUGCAAACGGGACCUACACUGUAACAAGCUUCACUCUUGUGCUUGAGUUUAAGGAAGGCAGACUGCAAAACUUGUUUUGGAAAAGGGAUGGUUGUGCACAAUGUUCGGGGAAAUCAAAUUUUGUGUGCCUAAAUAAACAAGAUUGCGGAAUUAAUACAAACAACUGCAAAAGCCGUGGAGGUUCCGUUGAUUGCAGCAUUGGUAUACAGCUAGCAUUUUCCGGAACAGAUAAGCACCUUUCUGCCCUAAACUCAUGGUAUGAAGUUGAGAACCUUCGGCAGAACUCACUGUUCGGCCUUUAUUCUAAUCUCAGAGAUUCUCUUGCUAGCCAAUAUAACAAGAUCUUUAACGGUGCUUUAGAUAGUUUUGCAUUUUCUCUUAUUUAUUCGUAUGCUGUAAUUAUUUUCCUCGUGCUUUUCGAUUGAUGUUAUGUCUACAUCUAUCAUUGCCUCUAUUCCUUUCGGGUGAAACUGCUGCUCUUACAGUUUGAAGAGAGUUAUGUGGGUAUAUUAUGUACAA